AUGAAGGGCCGCCCUCAGAAGGAACCCGAACACCACAUGAAUCAAUUGCGAAUGUGCUCUCAUGAAUCUCGGCCGAGGGGCGGAGCCUAUCAACCACCGGCUCCAGGAGGCGGAGCUCCACGCGGUCCCCGUCUUGAAGAAAUCGGAGGACAAACUGAAGAACAAGAAACUGGAACUCUGGACGAGGAUCCGAAGGAAGACAGAGUUCAGAAGAAACCCGGAAAUGGAUAA